AUGAAGAGUUUUAGGGUUUUCUUCCUCGCUCUCCUCCUCCUCGCCUCUCCCCUCCUCAAAGUUGCUAGGUCUGAUUCGGAGGCUGAAGGAGUGGACGCAGCUGAGUCAGUUCAGCCCACUGAAGAGGCUACUGAUCUUGGGAUCGUUGGUUCUGAAGCUGAUGCCCAAGAUUAUGGUGAUGAGAAUUUCAAUCCAGCUCCCGGUGUUGAUACUAUUUGUGUUUUCCCCAAAAACAGUGCUAAAAUUAUACCUGCCGGACUGGAGUCUGAGCUUCUCGUCGGAGUGAAAAAUGACGGAGAAUCUAGCAUUAACGUCAUUGCAAUUAAGGCCAGUGUUCAUCUUCCAUUUGAUCACAGUCUUCUUGUUCAGAAUCUCACUGCCCAGGCCUUCAACAAUGCAACUGUCCCAGCUGCAGGACAGGCUACCUUCCCGUAUAUUUUCGCAGUGAGCAAGUUUCUUCAGGCUGGUACCUUUGAUCUAGUUGGCACUAUCAUUUAUGAAAUAGAUCAGCAGGCUUACCAGAGCACAUUUUACAAUGGCACUGUCGAAGUUGUUGAAUCUGGUGGUUUCCUCAGCGUGGAGUCAGUGUUCCUGAUCUGUCUUGGGAGUGCACUCCUCGUCCUCUUUGGUUUGUGGAUUCAUGGUCAAAUUCUGAACCUCUCUAAGAAAACUAAGAGGUCCCCCAAGGUGGAAGUUGGUACUGGAACUAGAGAUGCUUCAAUGGACGAGUGGCUACAGGGCACUGCCUACACUCAGUCCAACAAACAAAAGAAGAAGAAAUAG